AAAUAAUCAAAGAAUAUGUUACGCUCAACAUUUAAGACGUUACAACAAUUUUACCGUCCAUGGUCUGGAGUAUGUGGAAAGUCACCGGCAUGUGAUUGGCAGACUAUUAGAGGAAUUGUAUCGAGUCAAUUGACCCAGAAUCCACAAAACCAGUUUCCAACAGACGACUCCCAUUUCCUACAAAUAGACUGUGAAGAAGAAUGCUUCCAUUCACUAACAAAAGGCAACAACAGCAGCAUCCUUUCUAGAGUUGAAGAAAACAAACCGGAAGUGGUUUUUCUAGAACAUUUGCGGGAAACAGAUUUCUGGGGGAAAAUCCAAGCACCAAUGCGUCAUUUAGGUUAUACCGGAAGUGUUGAAGAUUUCCGUCAUGGCCGUGUUAAAGGUGUGUUCGUGAGGAAUGACCUGGUGCCGCUCCUCAAUCAAUGUAAAGGAAAAACUGUUUACAAAUCUGAGAUGCCAGACCCUUUGUAACAAAAUAUAUGAUAAGUAUUAAUACCUCAGAGAUAAUCUACCUCAAACCUACUUAUAAGUUUUUAUUGUAUUGCCAUGUUUUGUAAACAUGGAGAUAUUCGUGACAGAAUCUCGUCUGCUUAAAACCAAAGACAUUAUUACGAUUUUUGUGCCAUUUUUUAAAGAUUAAUAAUCAGAUCUUUAUUUUUUUUUUUUUUUUACGUUAUUGUUUAUAAUAGUAAACAAUUAUAUUUAUAUUGUAUGUGUUAUUUAGAAGAAUUAUUCAAUAAAAUACAAUAAAUAGUU